AUGAUGUUUUUCCGAAGUUUGAUUUCCACUGUUCUCGUCGUAAUUAUGACAACUACAGGUAAGGAAGACUGCUAGGAAUUAUGCACUAAAAGUAGGCGUUGUUCUUUUUUUAGCGGUUCUCUUACUGGGGACUAGCUUUUACGUCAGUUGACGCUUAGUGUUUGACUUUAUACGGCUUACAGUCAACCUUCCCGGCCGUUUUAAACUGAGUGGAAUUGUAAAGCAUCAGUGUUAGGUCUGAAAUAGGUAUGUUAGAACUAUACCAAAAUGAAAACAGCUAAAAAAAAUAGCAACCGAUCUCGAGAAAAACAAAUUAAUUGGCAAGAUGAUCAGUUGUCUCUUUUUAACUUUAAAAUCCGUGGGCGAAACCCGGUGAUGUUACCAUUCAAAUGAAACCUCUUCAGUGGGCAGAACAUUUAAUUUGGGUGGUGCUAUUUGUUUCUUAGAAUUAUAAAACAAGUUUACUAUUAGGGGAGUUAUAGCACUCUUAUCAUCCUAAGCUUCGACUUAGCUGCUCUGAUUUACACUCCGGAAGGUGAGCGAACAAACUGCUAUGCUAGCAGUUUGAGUUAACUGGCCUCGACCUACAGUAUCAGGAAAUUAUGGGGGCUGUCUAUGUAAACUGUCAAUGAAACCGACGCUUCAAACGAAUUCAUUUAUUCGUCGUUAAGUCGCCUUGUCUAGUGGAACUGAGGCCAUUAAUGCGGCUUUCGGAUAAUUCUAAAGAAUAUAUUUAUUUAAUAAGUAAAACGUUUGUGGGGGAAGGGCGUGAAGAACUGUAAAAAAACAAUGGUCAACAGCGACCGAAAUGCUAGGGCAUUCGUCACAAAAUUUUAUCAAAAAAGCUUAAAUAUGCUUCAUCAUUCAAAUUUUUGUCGUUUCGUAAAUGUACGUUAUGGCCCGUCAUAGCCCACCUGCCUGGCGUUCGAAAGCAGCGCAAGAUCUAGACCUUCUCCUUCCGAAUUAUUUUUCUCCCUUUUCCCAUUCCUUUUGACCACUUACUCGCUUAAAGCCUUAUACCCUAUACAAAUCUUUUUUCUGUUCUCGUUUCUUUGAAUGUACGACUUUUUUUUUAACAGAAAAGUCUUCAGCUUGCACCAUGUAUCCUGCCCCCAGAAAUGGAGCCCUCGGCUGUAUAAACAUUACUUUCAGCAGUCUUGGUGUGGUCCCUAUUUGUUACGCGAUGUGUAAAAGCGAGUUCGACUUUGUAUCGAAAGCUGAGCGAAUCUAUGUUUGCUACCAAGGUCAAUGGAAGACGAGGCUCUUGGAACCGGCGUUACCUUGGCCAGACUGCUCUGGUAAGCCUAAAGCGAUAAUAACUUAG